GUGACAAGGAGGAGUUACAAUGGAGUUCCCACGUAUUGCUCCAUUUGUUCUCAGGGCAGAUCAGAGUCUGGGAAGGAAGAAGGAAUCACUCCGGGUAAUCAUGAGGGUUCCAUCGCUCAUAUCACUCUGGGCUGUGGCCUCUGUCUGUAGAGCUGAGGAUACCUGUCCAGAUGUGAAGGUCAUAGGAGUUGGCGACUCAGAUAAACUGGCCAUUCUCAGAGGAUGUCCUGGUCUUCCUGGAUCUCUCGGGCAAAAAGGAGAAGCUGGAGCUGCUGGAAUGAAAGGAGAAAUGGGAAGUCAGGGAACUGCAGGAAAAUAUGGUCCUCCAGGUGAAAAAGGUGCCAUGGGCUCUAUGGGAGAGAAAGGUGUAAAAAACUGCAAGGAACUCCUGCAGCAGGGUGCAAUAUUAAGUGACUGGUACACCAUAUACCCAGAUGGCCAGAAGCCAAUGAAAGUGUUGUGUGAUAUGGAUACUGAUGGAGGAGGCUGGAUUGUCUUCCAGAGACGUUAUGACGGGUCUGUUGAUUUUUACCGUGAAUGGAAGGCCUACAAGGAUGGUUUCGGGAGCCGCCUGACUGAGUUCUGGCUGGGCAAUGACAAUAUUCAUAUGCUGACAUCAUCAGGCACCUGGGAAAUACGUAUUGAUCUACAUGCCUUUGACAACACUAAGCAUUUUGCCAAGUAUGCAUCCUUCCAAGUUCUGGGAGAGGCUGAGGAGUAUAAAUUGUUACUUGGAGCUUUCACUGAAGGCACUGGAGGUGAUUCUAUGAGUUUUCAUGGCAAUAUGCCAUUCUCUACUAAGGACAAGGACUUCACUACAGACCAAUGUGUCAAAGUGUAUAAAGGAGGAUGGUGGUACAAUAAAUGCCACUUUUCAAACCUGAAUGGGCUCUACCUGAUGGGACAACAUGACACCUAUGGUGUUGGAAUCAACUGGCGUACUGGAAAGGGAUACCAUUAUUCCUACAAGAUGUCUGAAAUGAAGAUUAGACCAGUCUCAUGACACAUAUAAGCCUAGUAAAGAUUUAUAAGCAGAUAUAUUUCACCUGCCAU